GGGAUGCUGAAGGUGCUGAAAUAGCAAUGACAAGAGACUUGGCUCAGUGUUAAAUAUCUGCCGCGCUGACCUGACAGACUCUGAGAUGACAAUAGGGAGAAUGGAGAAUGUGGAGGUCUUCGCUGCUGAGGGCAAAGGCAGGGGUCUGAAGGCCACCAAGGAGUUCUGGGCUGCAGAUGUCAUCUUUGCUGAGCGGGCUUAUUCCGCAGUGGUUUUUGACAGCCUUGUUAAUUUUGUGUGCCACACCUGCUUCAAGAGGCAGGAGAAGCUCCAUCGCUGUGGGCAGUGCAAGUUUGCCCAUUACUGCGACCGCACCUGCCAGAAAGAUGCUUGGUUGAACCACAAGAAUGAGUGUUCGGCCAUCAAGAGAUACGGGAAAGUACCCAAUGAGAACAUCAGGCUGGCGGCGCGCAUCAUGUGGCGGGUGGAGAGAGAAGGCACCGGGCUCACGGAGGGCUGCCUGGUGUCUGUGGACGACUUGCAGAACCACGUAGAGCACUUUGGGGAGGAGGAGCAGAAGGAGCUGCGGGUGGACAUGGACACGUUCUUGCAGUACUGGCCGCCCCAGAGCCAGCAGUUCAGCAUGCAGUACAUCUCUCACAUCUUCGGAGUGAUUAACUGCAACGGUUUUACUCUCAGUGAUCAGAGAGGCCUGCAGGCCGUGGGCGUAGGCAUCUUCCCCAACCUGGGCCUGGUGAACCAUGACUGUUGGCCCAACUGCACUGUCAUAUUUAACAAUGGCAAUCAUGAGGCAGUGAAAUCCAUGUUUCAUACCCAGAUGAGAAUUGAACUCCGGGCCCUGGGCAAGAUCUCAGAAGGAGAGGAGCUGACUGUGUCCUACAUCGACUUCCUCAAUGUCAGUGAAGAACGCAAGAGGCAGCUGAAGAAGCAGUACUACUUUGACUGCACAUGUGAACACUGCCAGAAAAAACUGAAGGACAACCUCUUCCUGGGGGUGAAAGACAACCCCAAGCCCUCUCAGGAAGUGGUGAAGGAGAUGAUACAAUUCUCCAAGGAUACAUUGGAAAAGAUAGACAAGGCUCGUUCGGAGGGUUUGUAUCAUGAGGUUGUGAAAUUAUGCCGGGAGUGCCUGCAAAAGCAGGAGCCAGUGUUUGCUGACACCAACAUCUACAUGCUGCGGAUACUGAGCAUUGUUUCGGAGGUCCUUUCCUACCUCCAGGCUUUUGAGGAGGCCUCGGACUAUGCCAGGAGGAUGGUGGACGGCUAUAUGAAGCUCUACCACCCCAACAAUGCCCAACUUGGCAUGGCCGUGAUGCGGGCAGGACUGACCAACUGGCAUGCUGGUAACAUUGAGGUGGGGCAUGGGAUGAUCUGCAAAGCCUAUACCAUUCUCCUGGUGACACACGGACCCUCCCACCCCAUCACCAAGGACUUAGAGGCCAUGCGAGUGCAGACGGAGAUGGAGCUACGCAUGUUCCGUCAGAAUGAAUUCAUGUACUACAAGAUGCGCGAGGCUGCCCUGAACAAUCAGCCCAUGCAGGUCAUGGCUGAGCCCAGCAAUGAGCCAGCCUCAGCUCUGUUCCACAAGAAGCAAUGAGGACUGCCCAGUGGAGGAGGGGCAAUGUGGCUGGGGAGCUAGGGAGAGACUUUGGAGGUGGUGGGUCUCUGGGGACACCCCUGAUGAGGAAGUUGAGGUAAUGCUUAACCUUAUUGCUAUGAGAAUUUACUGCCCUAUGUUUCCCAGUGCCAUUUUGGCUCAGUUCAAGUCUAUUCAAUUCAAAUUAACUCUAUCCCAGCCCAGACCGACUCCUCCUACAAAUAUUAUUGGAUGAUAGGCCCUAGAACCCAAUAAAGGAGCUCCAAAUGUCAUUGGGUGGGGAAGCAAAAUGUAGAGAAACAUUUAAAGCACACUGUAAUAAUAAAUACAAUUGUAAACUAUAUGGAGGAGGGUGCAGAGGAGGGAAUGUGUCUGGUGUGUAAUGUGUGUGUGUGCAGUGGGGUAUCACAGAAAGUAUGACAUCUGAGUUGAGGGUUGCAGGUGCCUGGAGUCUCAGGUGGCUGCUUACCCAUCUGUGCAGGUGUCUCUGGGGCUGGUGGGCUCCCCUGUGGUCUGCGAUAGACAUGAUUGGCUGAGCAGGAUAUGUGAUGCUGCAUGGUUAGUGUGGAGUUAUGAAGAAGGGGCUGUGUUCGGACCACUUAGGCUCUACUCAGAGACCUGAAACUACUUCAGAAUGGUGCAUAUGUGGAAAGAGCUGGCUGGGGGCCUUGCCCAAACCACCUGAGGUCUUAAUUUAAAGUCUGGGGGAAAAAAGUCUGGGUUCCAACUAGAAUUCUAGAAAUAUUUCUAGAACACACAGAGAGGGAAUAACUGUAAUCCCAGCAGUUAUUACAAGGUAAUACCCUUACCUUGUGGUUCCCUGUGAUUUUAGAUAAUGUCUGAUAUUUUUCUGGCUAUUUACCUAGUAGGAUUUAAAAAAUCAAAGUGAACCUGAGAGAGAAUCUUGGAAACACACACACCUAUUGAUCAUGGGCCCUGCAGAAUUGGCUCUUGGGGGCUUUAUUUGGUUACAUGUGCUGGGUGGUCUUUACCAGCUUAGACUCUAUCAUGGGACCCCAUGAAGCUCCGUUCUCGAUACUGAACAAUUAUUACUUCCCUUGCUGAGUCUCUUUUUCUGUCAUGCCCUUGGGGCUUCUGCUCUUCUCACCAGAAAGAACAUUUGCAUCUGGAUUCUUGUACACUUGGGUUAGAGUCUCUUCAGAGGUGUGGUCAAUUUAUCCUGAUCUCCAGGAAGGCUGUUGUGAUUUCCUUCUAAGAAAUGAGGGUCUUGAAAAUCAACCAAUCCCAAGAUUAGCUUGUUAUCCUGUUACCUUCUGAGACCCCAAAUUUCUCACCAAUGUUUUGGGAGAUCCUGGAACAGAUCCCUUCAGUUGGGGGUAUCACCAAGACUUCUACACAAUCCAGGGCUACCACUGACCUCCAAGCUUUACCCCACAUCUUGAAGUCCAUUGAUCUCACCAGGUCCCAUGUUUGUUAUCUAUGCCUAAAUGUUAGCUUCUCCAUCCUCACCACAUGAUGACCCACUGUGCCCCUCUGAACACUGCUUAGUGGCUGAAAACUCUGCAAAUGGGCCACAUUUUUGCAAAAUACUUGUAUCUGACACUUAGGUCUUCUUUGAAGAUUUUCCUUUCUAGAAGGUUUUACAAGAAGUCUUUUAGUUUACUGAUA